AUGGCGACACCUCAAGCAGGUCCUUCCAACCCUGCUCAGGCUCCCCCUUAUCCUCAGCAAUCUCAAGUAUCAACCGAUAACAAGCGAGGAGCAGAAGGUGAUGCAGACGCUGUCAGAAGACUAAAACACCCUCGUCCACCUCUUCCUCCCCCUCACGUCUUACAAUCUCUCGUACCGGACUCACCAGCAUUCACCGACCUUUUGAAACUGGAACAGAAACUCGAUUGGACAUUAUUGAGGAAGAAGGCUGAGAUCAACGAUGCCUUAGGUAAACCAAUCAGAGUGAAAAGAACCUUGAGGGUGUUCAUCUCCAAUACAGCACACGAUCAAGAAUGGCAAAAAGCUCAAGCCGAACCAGCACCUGAACCCGCGCCUACUGCUGCAGAAGGCGCUCCCGCAGCUGAGAAUGGAAAGGAGAAGAAAGAAGGCGAUGGGGACGUGUCAAUGACCGAUGCUGCUCCUGUAGCUGCUGCUGGUGCCGUACCUCCUCAACAGGAGAGCAAGACGGAGACACUGGGACCGGACGUAGAUGUCAAUACCGGUAAAGGAAUAGCAGGAUGGGUGAUGAAGAUUGAAGGCAGACUACUGGAUUCUGGGAAUACGAGAUUGGAUCGAAACAAGAGGAAGUUCUCGACUUUCUUGAACCGUGUGGUGGUGGAAUUCGAUAAUAGGGAAGCACCUACUUUCCCCGAAGGCAAUAUAGUUGAGUGGCACACCCAAAAUCUUGCACCGCCCUUAGACGGCUUUGAGAUCCUUCGAAGGGGUGAUCGAAACAUCAAUGCUAGAAUUAUAAUACACCUGUCCCAUUCACCUGAUAGGUUCAAGGUGUUACAACCACUCGCGGACCUGAUUCAGAUGAAGGAAGGAACGAGAUCGGAAAUCAUCAAUGCAGUUUGGAAGUUGGUCAAAGUGGUUGGAGCGCAAGAUAAAGACGAUGGAACGGUGAUCAAGCCUGUUGGAGGGUUGGAUAAGAUCUUCCCACAAGGUCAAGAGACAAUAGCAUUCCACCAAUUACCAGAAAUCGCAACUCGGUGUCUGACUCAUCCUGAUCCUAUUGUCAUUCCUUAUACCGUACAAGUCGACAAAGAUUUCAACUUCCAUCCUAAGUGUUUCGAUAUACCUAUCGAACUUGAAGAUCCCCUCAAGUCAAAGAUGUCAAGUCUCGUACAGAGUUUCGAAGGUAAAGAAGGUAAAGAGAUUGUACAACUGGAAGAUAAAGUUGGAGAAUUGGCUUAUUUCGCCAGGGAUGUUAAGCAGAAGAGAGAUUUCUUGGAGUCCUUUGCCUCAAACCCGCAAGCAUUCAUCCAAAAUUGGCUCGCAGUCCAGGCAAGAGAUUUAGAUCAAAUGCUGGGCUACCAAAUUGGUACACCGGGAUUGAACGGUGGUAACAUUCGUGAAGAGGAUCUUAGACGAUCUGAUUUGUUCAGCUUACCUUGGGUGGAAGAGGCUGUCACGGUUCAUGAGUCCAUCAGGAUGGAACAAGAGAGAAGAUCGAAAACUCAUCAUCGAUAG